GGCGGACCUAAGGGAAGGGCGUUCGGCGGACGAUCUAUAGCAGCCAGCGGCCGGGACUCCCAGCACCUUGACCCUGGCGCGAGGCGGCGUCGCGCACGCUUACAGGUGCCCGCGCGGGGCCGCGGCUCGGGCGCCCUCCCGUUGGCCGAGAAGGAGGAAGGGGGCCGUGUCGGCGUCCAGCCCCUCGCGCCCAGGAUGGACGUGCCGGCCCGGGUGUCCCGACGAGCGGCGGCGGCGGCGGCCAGGAUGCUUCUGCGCACUGCCCGCGUCCCUCGCGAGUGCUGGUUCUUGCCGACCGCGCUGCUCUGCGCCUACGGCUUCUUCGCAAACCUCCGGCCGUCGGAGCCGUUCCUCACGCCCUACCUGCUGGGGCCGUUCAAGAACUUGACCGAGAGGCAGGUCUUCAAUGAAAUUUAUCCAGUGUGGACAUACUCUUACAUGCUGCUGCUAUUUCCCGUGUUCCUCGCCACAGACUACCUCCGUUACAAGCCUGUCAUUCUGCUGCAGGGAUUCAGCCUUAUUGUUACAUGGUUCAUGCUGCUCUAUGCCCAAGGACUGCUAGCCAUUCAGUUCUUGGAAUUCUUCUAUGGCAUCGCCACAGCCACUGAAAUUGCCUACUACUCCUACAUCUACACUGUGGUCGACCUGGGCAUGUACCAGAAAGUCACAAGUUACUGUAGAAGUGCCACCUUGGUGGGCUUUACCGUGGGCUCUGUCCUAGGGCAGAUCCUCGUCUCUGUGGCGGGCUGGUCACUGUUCAGCCUGAACGUCAUCUCCCUCACCUGCGUUUCCGUGGCUUUUGCUGUGGCCUGGUUUCUGCCUAUGCCACAGAAGAGCCUCUUCUUUCACCACAUUCCUCCCUCCUGUCAUGGAGUGAACGGCCUCAAGGUACAGAAUGGUGGCAUCGUUACUGAUACCCCAGCAUCUAACCAUCUUCCUGGAUGGGAGGACAUUGAGUCAAAAAUCCCUCUAAAUGUAGAUGAGCCUCCGGUGGAAGAACCGGAGGAGCCCAAGCCUGACCGGCUGCGGGUGUUCAAAGUCCUGUGGAACGACUUCUUGAUGUGUUACUCCUCCCGCCCUCUGCUCUGCUGGUCCGUGUGGUGGGCCCUGUCCACCUGCGGCUAUUUCCAAGUGGUGAACUACGCACAGGGGUUGUGGGAGAAGGUGAUGCCUUCUCAGAACGCUGUCAUCUACAAUGGCGGCGUGGAGGCUGUUUCAACCUUGCUAGGUGCUAGUGCUGUGUUUGCAGUUGGUUAUAUAAAGCUGUCAUGGUCAACUUGGGGAGAAAUGACGUUAUUCCUGUGCUCUCUGCUGAUUGCCGCUGCAGUGUACGUCAUGGACACUGUAGAGAGCAUUUGGGUGUGCUAUGCAUCCUAUGUUGUCUUCAGAAUCAUCUACAUGGUACUCAUCACCAUAGCAACUUUUCAGAUUGCUGCAAACCUCAGCAUGGAACGUUAUGCCCUUGUGUUUGGUGUGAACACCUUCAUUGCCCUGGCUUUGCAGACUCUGCUCACACUGAUUGUGGUAGAUGCCAGGGGCCUUGGCUUAUGCAUUACUACUCAGUUCCUGAUUUACGCCAGUUACUUUGCAGCCAUCUCUAUGGUUUUCCUGGCUAAUGGCAUAGUCAGCAUUAUAAAGAAAUGCAGGAAUCGGGAAGAGCCCACCUCCAGCCCUCAAGCGGCCACUUCCUAGCAUGCUACCAAAAUGCUGCUGCUUCCAAGCAAGGACUCUGCACAGUAACUGCUUGGAUGUAUUUAAACUCUUUAUGGUUCAGAUAAUUCUACAUGAAUGUGUAUUUCAUGGCUUCAAAGCAGGCUACUCAACUAACACCUUGCAUUCUUGGAGUUAGUAUAAUACUGUUGAGAGAAGCCAGAGCUGAAGCUUUUUUUUUUUUCAUGGAUUGCUUAGGAGCAGUAAUUUAAGAAUGAAGUUUUCUAAUUCAAAAACAAAAAACAAAACAAAACCCCACAAAACUUGAUUUUGAAAAACCAAGUGAUCAAGCAGGACUCUGCUAUCCCCUCGAUUAGCAUGUGAGUGUGAUGUUUUUUAGUCGCAUUUGUCACUCGCCCAGACCUGUGGCCUGGUGGGACCAGGGCUUCAGAAGCCACAGGACAGUACAAGUCACGCCAGACGAGAUCUGUCAGCACUUGUCCCGUCCAGCCUCAUUCUGGUUUCAGUGUUACUUGUGCGCAUGUGUGUAUCUACAGAUGGAAAUAUCUGCUCGGAUUCAGUGUUCUGUCCUCUAAGGAGUGUUAUGUCUAAUUUGAUUUUAAAACUUCACUGUAUGACUGUUAGUGUUUCCCAUUUGACCGUUGUAUAUUUUUGGAAACGUUCUUUAGAAGUACAUUUUUGUGUUAUUCAUAUGCUUCCCAGAGAAGCUCAUUUCAUUAGAAAAGGCAGAUUUUAAAGCCUGCCGAUAACCCAGGAGGCUAAUCAGGUAGGUUUGCUUGUCUUUAAAACUUUGGUAUGAAGGACUUCUAAUUGCUACUGAAAAGGUCAUUUAUAGGUUAGAGAUACAGGGAGCCCAUUUUAUAUUUGCAUACCCAUUUAUUUCCAAAACAAAAUCAACUUUUUUCCUUUGAGACAAUAUCAUUCCCAUAUGCCUCUCAUUGUCUUGGCUUUCUUAUCCAAGAUGAAGAUGUUAGUCAGAACUGGAUUAUUCCACAGCCUUUUUUUUUUU